UGUGAUUGAAGAGGCUAUUCCACUGUUGAAACGUACAGGAAAGGCCAUGGCUUCUGCUGGAAAAGUUAUUAAAUGCAGAGCAGCAGUGGCCUGGGGGCCUCACCAGCCACUUACCAUCGAGGAGAUUGAAGUUGCUCCACCAAAAGCACAUGAAGUUCGUGUUAAGAUUAUUGCUACCGGGAUCUGCCGUUCAGAUGAUCAUUUUCUAAGUGGAGCAAUAACUGAAGCGACUUAUCCAGUGAUUUUAGGUCAUGAAGCUGCCGGGAUAGUGGAAAGUGUAGGUGAAGGAGUAACCAAUUUAAAACCAGGAGACAAAGUCAUUCCGCUCUUUGUUCCACAAUGUGGAGAAUGCAGAUGUUGUAAAGAUCCAAAGACCAACCUAUGUUAUAAAAAUGAUAUUGGAAAAUACAAAGGAACGAUGUUGGACAACACCAGCAGAUUUACUUGCAAGGGAAAGAUCAUUUAUAACUUCAUAUCCACCAGCACAUUCACUGAAUACACUGUGUUGGAUGAAAUAGCUGUGGCUAAGAUUGAUGAUAGGGCUCCUUUGGAUAAAGUUUGCUUAAUAGGCUGUGGAUUUACAACCGGUUAUGGUUCUGCUGUGAGAGUGGCUAAGGUUGAACCUGGUUCUACCUGUGCUGUGUUUGGCUUGGGAGGUGUUGGUCUUUCAGUGGUCAUUGGAUGUAAAGUAGCUGGAGCAGCCAAAAUUAUAGCAGUGGACAUAAACAGUGACAAGUUUGCAAAAGCAAAAGAACUUGGAGCCACCCACUUUGUCAACCCAAAGGACCACAAGAAACCAAUUGAUGAGGUUCUAGCAGAGAUGUCUAAUGGUGGAGUGGACUUUGUCUUUGAGGUCAUUGGAAAUACUGCAGUAAUGGCUUCUGCUCUUAAAAGUGCUUUCUUUGGAUCUGGAACUUCAGUUAUUGUUGGUUUGGCUCCUUCAUCAGAUAUGCUUUCGAUAGACCCAAUGUUGCUUCUUACAGGCCGCACAAUGUGCGGAGCUGUGUUUGGAGGUUUUAAGAGUAAGGAUCAAGUUCCAAAACUGGUGGAAGAUUUUUUGGCAAACAAGUUUGAACUGGAUGGGUUGAUCACUCACAAACUGAAACUUGAUGAGAUCAAUGAAGGAUUUGAAUUACUGCGAUCAGGCAAAAGCAUACGGAGUGUUAUAAUGAUGGGCUAGUAAGCUUACCAGCAAGUUAUCAAGAUAAACAUCACAGAGUAAACCUUUUCCAGAAAUUUCGAUGAAAAGGAUAAAAAUCUUUAACGAUCAUUUAGCCAAAACAUGCUUUUAAAUGCAAUUUAUAUACA